AUGGCGAGCGAUCUGAUCAUGAGAUGUUGGAAGCGGCCCAUGUACCUGGGCCGCCUGCCCAAGGACCAGGUGGCCAAGCAGAUACCUCACGAGGUCGACCCCGCCGAGCAGCUGGACCCAGGGAGAACGGGCCAGCUGUACUGCAUCGAGUGUGGCAACACGGCCACCUGCUUCUGCCCCGAGUGCGGUGAUUGCUUCUGCGAGUCGUGCUUCGAGCGGCUUCACGCCAAGGCCGCGGCGCAGCCCCAGCCUGCGCGGCGCGACGCGCUGCGGCUGCGGUGGGGUCUGGCGGAAGGACGGGACGUCCCAGGCGAAAACUUCUCCGGGCGAAACAAUCACUGGGCGAAACUGGCGAAUUCGAACGAGCGAAACGGCUUCGGCAAAGCUGCGACUGAACUCGUUCGGGCGAUCCCACCUGUGCGACUUUGA